AUGUUUCGGUCCUCGCUGCGGUCUGUAGCAGACCCUCUCCGUGAACAUGUCUGUUUUUCUUGCAUAGCAAGAGGCCUCGAGGGUCCUGCUCAGGCACGCUCCUUCCAUGCCACACUUUUGUCGCGUAGUGUAUCCGAUAGUUCCCCGGAGAUCACACAGGGUCGAUCACUCGACGACGCUUUCCAAACGCUAACGCAGACCUUAGACUCGCAGAAAAAGAGAGAGCACCAGAGACCCGAAGACGCGCAAGAGUCCCCGAUACAGAAGACGAAACCUCAACGGUCCCUGAAAAUCACUAAAUCACCCCGAGCGGCUCAUCCUGAGAUCAGGAAACGCCGGGGGAGUCCUAAGGAUGAACAUGCCGAGCCACCGGGUCUGAAAGCUCAAGUGAAAAAUGUGGUCGAAAGACUAGAUCAGAAGAAGAAAUCAGCGGACCCUGGAAAACGGCUUUCACCGGGGGAAUUUCCCAGGCCCCCGACAGCACUUAGCAGUGCGAUAACCGAAAGGCAGAGAGGCAAACUGAACUCUACAGCAUCUGCCGUCAAAGCGGUGGAUGUGGAAACUCAACCUGUUCCAGAGCUUUCAUUUGGCCUACAAAGGGUUCUUUUUAAUCCUGGAGUAUAUCAGCUUCGCGAUCCCCGGUCCCGCGUCUAUAAUUUCGAUCCGUACCUGGGAACUAUCAUGCCCGUGUCCGAGUUUGACUUUGCAGCUUUAAAAGAAUAUAUCACGAGUUCGAGGGAUGACACCUUGCGGAACAUAGCGAAAGAAAACAAGAAGAAAUAUAUCGGCUCGUCCUCCAGUAUGACAAGCGUCCUAUCGCAUUUUCACUAUUUAUUAUCAGCAUGGCGCCCCAUCAAUACGAGCUCGCUCUCCCAAAGCUUUCCGGAUCAAAUGAAAACAUUCACCCGUAUAAUGCGUGCCCCGGCAGCCAUGUUCCUGCGGUAUCAGGACGGUGUUUACGCGAUAGACGCUGAUAAAGAGUUUGACACAGCCAACAUCCUCAUGAACCUGGGGAAAUCUAUGGAGAAGCUUCUCACCCUACCGAAAGAGGAAUUUGAGCGCUAUCGAAGAUCCCAUGAGAACAAAAUCACUCCCGAGGAGGAGUCCUCAACCCCGGAAUCCUAUCACUACUCUACUCUGGGAGACUUCAUGAUGAGGUCGCAGCUCGAUGCAUACGACCCGCGGCUGCCGGGUACAGGGAUGUUUGAUCUAAAGACACGUGCCGUCGUGUCUAUCCGGAUGGACGCACGUAAUUUCGAACAGGGUAUAGGUUAUGAGAUCCAACAGCGUUUCGGUCGGUUCGAGUCUUACGAACGGGAGUAUUAUGAUAUGAUUCGCUCUGCCUUCCUCAAGUAUUCGCUUCAAGUGCGUAUUGGGCGCAUGGAUGGUAUCUUUGUGGCGUUCCACAAUAUUGAGCGGAUCUUCGGAUUUCAGUACGUCAGUUUGCCAGAAAUGGAUGAGACCCUGCACGGCACAUCGAACACGACGCUCGGUGACGCGGAAUUCCGCCUAAGUCUCGAACUCUGGAACAAAAUACUGGAUAAAGCCACAAAGAAGUACCCAGGGAAGUCUCUUCGUUUCCACUUUGAGGCCAGAGAAACCGUCAGCCCGUUUAUGUACAUCUUUUUUGAACCCGUCACCGAUGAAGAGAUCCACGCUAUUCAAACCAGGAACAAGGCCGAAAUUGAUGCAUAUCAACAACGUGUUCUGAACCUACCCAACCACGAAGAUCAGUAUACUACUUUCUUGGAUGAGGAAAACUACGCAGAAACCACGACCGAGGAUCAGAGUGCUUUUAAUACUUCUCUGAAUGAGCAGAACUCCGCAGAAACCAAUGCCGAAGAUCAGAGUGCUUCUACUAUUUCAUUGAACGAGCAGAACUCCGCAGAAACCACUGCCGAAGAUUUACCACCAGCGUCUGAAUCCGAGGAUGUCUCAGUUGACACGGAGCUCCCUCCAGAAUGCGAAGAGCGUGAGGUGUCCGCCAUUGUCCUCACGGUUGUGAAUUACUUGAAUUAUAAGCCAGUCGAACGCGUUGACAAGAUGAAGCACAACGACAAGUGGACUCUCAAGUACGAAAUGAGCACUUUGGAGGGUCCAAAAGUUCGGAGCCUUUACCAUGCGUGUGUUGCCCGUCGAAAGAAAAUACUCAUGGGUACAGAGGACGUAUCGGAUGAACCCCAGUCGGGCUACCUCAGGAAAUUGAGAGACCUCGCCAGAAAAGGCCGGAAACACCGCAAGCGGCAGAAUGAGAUUGAUAAGGAGAAGGGCCUGGUUGUUUGGGAUGGUGUGAAGCUUUGA